AUGUCCACUUCUAAUUCUUCAUCACAGUCCGAAAUGAUCAAGAAACCAUUGAUUUCAAUCUUCGACUGGGACGACACGCUGUGUCCAACAACGUGGCUUCAUGCUCGAGGGUUGCUAGUGGCGCACGGACUCAUUGACGGAGCUCCAUCCAUGGAGAUCGAGACGUUUGAGGAGAAACCCGCUCCCUCCCCAUUGACUUCAUCAGAUCGACAAGGACUAGAACUAUUAGAGUGUCAAGUUCUGGAGCUUUUGCAAUUGGCGGCUCGAUUUGGCCCUGUAUUCAUCGUCACGGCCGCCUCGUUGCCUUGGGUAGUGGCGAGUGCAGAGAAUUUUUUGCCUAGAGUUCGGCAGUUCUUACUGGACAAUCAACGUCAAUGUGAGAAUAAAAAUGCCGACAUUGAACGCGUGCAGGUGGUGUCGGCGAGAGAUUGGUACCAUCAUCAAAUUGGUACAGGUGGAAGUCAGCUUGAGUGGAAAUGCGCUACAUUUGAAGCGCUGUGUAGCCAUCUGAAAGUGCAAGAUGUGUUCGCGAGGUUAAAGACUCGAACCGAUUUGAUCUCGAUUGGAGACGCGCGCUUUGAGCAGGAAGCGUGUGUGAGGAUGGGGAUGGAGGCGAGUGAGUGUUUGCGAAGUAAAACGAUGAAAUUCGUCGAGCAGCCGACGUUGAAGGAGUUGUUGGAGCAGCUUCGGAUGAUGAGCAAGAUGUAUGAGUCAAUGUGUCAAUACGACGGCGGACUCCAUCUUUGCGUAUCGAGGAAAGAGACGAGCAACUCUCAGCACAGUUGUGGGGACGGAGAUAGACUUGUCGAGAAUGCACUUGAAACGUUGCAGCUGGUACAAAUUGACCGGAACAAACCACCGCUUGCAGCUGUACCGGGAGCUCGAAGCUGA